AUGAAUCGAUUAUUACUCAUCGCUUUUCUGCUAAUAUUCUCCCAAUAUUCCAGCAAAGCACAUUCUACUCAAGGCCCUUCUCCGCCUCCAUCCGAAGCCGCCAGCCACGCGCCGUCCCCGGCCGCCCAUUCUCCGGCACCUUCAAAGGCCGUCGCCGGCGCGCCGUCCCCGGUCAACUCAAAAGGCGAGACCCACGCGCUGAGUCCGUCCACCUCACCGCCACCUAGCAAUACCAGCCCGCCUGCUCCACCGUCGCUAUCUCCCCCAACCGCUUAUCCACCGCUUCCGAGCCCAUCACGUCCGUUGAGGAGCAACGCUACCGUGUUAACACCUUCGCCGGCGCCGUCUAGUGCCCCAGCACCUGCUGCUGGCCUACCUUCGUCCCAUAGUAGUUCGCCCGCGGGUUCGACUCAUCGUGGCCCCGUCAUUAUCGAUUACUCCUCCGCCAACUCUUUGUACGCCGCCGCCUCUCUCCUUCUUACCGCCAUCGCUCUAUCGGCCUUAUAA